GCAUUCACAGGUAAACUUGGACUAAACAAACGCAAAGCUAGUGAGCAAGGUCCACUAAGAUAACAGAAACCACGACUGACGUAGACUUGGUUUAGGUUACAGAGAAGGAAGGUGUCAGUUUACUGCCUACAGUACAGCACCCCAGGCAGCUGAUGAUCAGGAAGACAGGGCUUGACUCAACUACAGGCGUUGCGAGUGUGUUUGAGAGGAAAAUGGGGAAGAGAGGCACACAUUGCUUUGGCUUGGUCUUUUUCACAUUGCUCUGCCUGAUAACUGCUCAAAAUACUGGGGCGAACAUGGUAUUUUGGAUGGCUACCAUUCAAACGCGUUACUGGAACACAAGUGACAACAAAACGGUGUUACAAAGCUGUGAGUGUGGAUUAUAUGGGGCCCACUCUCCUGUCACCUCGGCUUCCGGAGAGGUGACGCUUCCUAUUUCAGAUCCCUUAGCCUGUGGGCCCCAGACUAGCUUUAAUAGCUCAGAGCCAUGGAUAGCCCUUAUUCAGAGGGGAAACUGCACCUUCGCUGAGAAGAUCCUGGCUGCUGCUGAAAGUGGAGCCGCUGGUGUGGUUAUUUACAACCUCCCUGGUACAGGCAAUGAGGAAAUCCCCAUGAUGCACCACGGAACAGGAGAUAUGGUUGCCAUCAUGAUUAGUCACAGACGGGGCAUGGAAAUUGUUGAGCUGAUCAGGCAAGGGAUUCCAGUCUCGAUGACCAUUGAGGUGGGCAAGCAGCAUGGUCCCUGGAUGAGCCACUACUCUGUGUUCUUCAUCUCCAUCUCCUUCUUCGUGGUAACAUCAGCCACUGUGGGCUACUUCAUCUUCAACUCGGCUCGCCGCCUCAACAGUGUUCGUCUACAAAACCUCAAACAGAAACAGCUCAAGGCAGAGGCCAAGAAAGCUAUUGGUCAGCUGCAAGUCCGGACCGUGAAACAGGGAGAUGAGGAGACUGGGCCUGAUGCUGACACCUGUGCAGUGUGUAUUGACGCUUACAAGUCUGGCGACGUGCUGACCAUGCUCACCUGCAAUCAUUUCUUCCAUAAAACCUGCAUUGAGCCCUGGCUAUUGGAGCACAGGACCUGCCCCAUGUGUAAAUGUGACAUCCUCAUGGCCUUGGGAGUAGAGCAGCCGGAGGUGGACCAGCCCAGUCAUCAGUUGACCAUGCAGCCAAACACAAGGUCCUACCCCAGGGUCCCAGUCUCAGAGGACACCCGGAGUGAGACAGCCUCCUCAGGCUAUGCCUCUGUACAGGGUACAGAGGAGCCCAGCAGCCCAGCAGAAGAUACACACAUGUAUGAAACGUUGGGGCGCCAUCCUGGCCCAGGGUCAAUCCAGGUGGACAUCGUCCAGCCCCAUUAUGACAACCUUGCCUUUGAGGGCAACUCAUGAAACCAACGGGAACCCUUGAUAUGAAAAGCAUGCUCACUCCAAGCACUGGAGCUUGGCUAAUGGGACUUGCGCCACAAUCAAUUACAUUCGAAUAUGUUGUUUCCUGUGGUCAUAAAGCAAGGGAAACCAGGAAUGUGGGUCUGAGAUUAUUCAUAGGAAAAGAGGGCUCGACUUAUAUAUGCAUAUCAUUUUAACAUGAAAUUAAUGAGGCAAUCCUUCGAUGCACUACUACUGUCUGAGUUUGGAAAUGAUACUGUCUAGUUUCAUUCUGAUCUGAAUUUAAUUGUACUUUUAAUAAUAUAAUUUAUUUGAUUAAGUUUCUUGAGGUUUAAUUACUUCAGUCAAUGUAUCACUUGAUCAGUUACUUAUUUUAAAUUGUUUCGAUAUGCUAAUUUAACACCCACAGGUUAUUGGGAUUAGACUACUGUCCUUUAAUGGGGUUUUAUGACAACAGAAGUUCUAGAGGCGAUAUGCAAAUUCAGUUUGAAAGACCCUUCGAUUUCGAAACGUACAAUAAUACAGUAGUUAGUGUAUUAGUAUAAGUAGGGUUGCAAAAAUCCGGAAACUUUCCCAAAAUCCCCAGGUUUUCCAGAAAUCCUGGUUGGAGGAUGCCGGGUUUUGUGGAAAACCAGGGUAUUUGGCGAAAGUUACUGGAUUUUUGCAACCCUAAGUAUGUCAUUUUCUGAUAAGGUUUGCUGCUUUACAAAUUUUCUGAUAGUAUUUGUUGCACAUGGCAAAUUAUUUUUACACUGCUAUUACAAAUUAUUUUUACACUGCUAUUACAAAUUAUUUUUACACUGCUAUUCAAAGCUCAGUUGUACUUCUGGUAUGUGUCUUCUAAACAUUGAUUUUAUUUAAAGUAACUGUCCAGUGUUUCCCGAUUUCUAUCAAAUAUGACCUAUAAUUGACGCUUUUUUUUUUUUUUCCUUCCAAAAUGUAAUCAACAAUCUUUUUAAAAAAGUUUAAGGGUACAAGACUGUAAAUAUCUGGCUGUGUUGGCAAAAUCACUACAUAUCCCAUCAAGCCAAGGUGGGAGAAGCUGGCCGUUGUCACAGUUCCAAGACCAGUCAGAAACGUCCAGCUAACCCUAUGCCAAUGAGGCUGGUGAAUCUCAAAACUGAACUUGGAUCUGCGUUAAGUAGCAACGAUAUCCUUCACCACCGUCGUCUUACGACAGAUAUCUCGAACCAGUCAAGACUAUUUAACAAAACAAUAAAACAUAUCAUUUUUACAUUUCUAUCCAGCAAAUGUCUGAGUUACAUAAUUGUUUAACUAGCAAAGGAGUCUUGAAGUGGAGGGUGCAGUAUUAAUGAAGUUUGGCAAUGAGGACAAAAACUAGCAUAGUUCAGCUAGCCAGCUAGUUUAGCCAGGGAAAACAAGCUCGGGCCUAGUGCGCACAUGUGCACUAGGCUAAUUCGGGAAACAGAUUGUCGUUUUUAUGUCCUGAUAUCAGGAGCUGGCGGCAAAGUUUGACUAAACAAUUCAGAGACUGAAAUUCAGAUGACUUAUAUUUAAGGAAAGCGAAUCGAUAUACAAUCCCGAAAUCAACUGUAACUGUCAAUAGUGAAACAAAGCUUAAAACAAUGUUUGAGUGAACCCUGAAUACAGUAAAUUAAUGGCGAAGUCUCUUCCGGACACAUUAGGCGACGACUCCUCACCACUAUACCGGUCAUAAAAAAUAUUAAUCAGAGUAGACCGCUGAUUGGCCAGCUCAUCCUCUACAAGGAAAUGGCAAGCAUUUUGUAAAUGGUCUUUGAGAUACAAGUUUGAGGCAGAGUUUUUGAUGUGUUUUUUUCUCCAAUUUAUGCUUUGGCCACAUACGAGUAUAG